AUGCUUCAGAGACGACUUCAUGUCCAGCUUUAUUCCUUCAAGGCUGUAGAAGAUUCCUUUCAGCAACAAAUGGUAAUGCUUCAGAGACGACUUCAUGUCCCAGCUUUUUCCUUCAAGGUUGUAGAUUCCUUUCAGCAACCAAAUGGUAAUACUUCAGACGACUUCAUGUCCCAGCUUUAUUCCUUCAAGGCUGUGAAGAUUCCUUUCAGCAACCAAAUAAUAAUGCUUCAGGAGACGACUUCAUGUCCCAGCUUUAUUCCCUUCAAGGCUGUAGAAGAUUCCUUUCAGCAACCAAAUAAUAAUGCUUCAGAGACGACUUCAUGUCCUUCAAGGUCUUUUUCAUUCCUUCAAGACACUUAUGUCCCAGAUUCCUUUCAGCAACCAAAUAAUAAUGCUUCAGAGACGACUUCAUGUCCCAGCUUUAUUCUUCAAGGCUGUAGAAGAUUCCUUUCAGCAACCAAAUAA